AUGGGGCCUGCCCUCAAGGGAGUGACGGUCCAACUGGUGGAUGUCAUGCAUCUUCUCUGCAGGAUCCCCCUGCGCAGGGUUCCAGUCUUGCCUGGCACCCUCCACCUGUUGAGGGGCUGGAGGACCCUCAGGGCCCCUCUGCCCAAGCAUGGACCUAUUCUGGUGCCACUUUCUAACUACUUGGAUGCUCAGUAUUACGGGGAGAUAGGGCUGGGGACGCCCCCCCAGAACUUCUCUGUCAUCUUUGACACCGGCUCCUCCAACCUGUGGGUCCCAUCUCGCCGAUGUAACUUCUUCAGCCUGGGCUGCUGGUUCCAUCGAAAAUAUGACCCCAAAGCUUCCAGCUCCUUCCACCCCAAUGGUACGCAGUUCUCCAUCCACUACGGGACAGGGCAUCUGGACGGCAUUUUGAGUGAGGACGUGCUGACUAUUGGAGGCGUUGGCGGGGUCCGCCUGGUUUUUGGGGAGGCCUUAUGGGAGCCGAGCCUGGCCUUUGCGUUGGCCCACUUCGAUGGGAUCCUUGGCUUGGGCUUCCCGGCCCUGGCUGUGGCUGGGGUGCCACCUCUGCUGGACGUGCUGCUGGAGCAGGGGCUCCUGGACAAGCCCAUCUUCUCCUUCUACCUCAACAGAGACCCUGAAGCAGUCCCGGGUGGAGAAGUGAUUCUAGGAGGCUCAGAUCCGGGUCGUUACAUCCCUCCCCUUACCUUCCUGCCAGUCACCAGGCCAGCCUACUGGCAAAUCCAUAUGGACCGUGUGAUUGUGGGCCACUCCCUGACUCUGUGUCCCAACGGCUGUGCCGCUAUUCUGGACACGGGCACUUCACUGAUCACCGGGCCCUCCAAGGAGAUCCAGGCGCUGCACAAACUCAUUGGCGGCUUCCCGUUGCUGGCUGGGGAGUAUCUGAUUCCCUGUGACCGACUCGAUACCCUCCCGCCCGUCUCCUUCCUGCUCGGCGGUGUCUGGUUCAACCUGACCGCCCAAGAUUAUGUCCUUCAGCUGGCCAGCGGCCGCACCCACUUCUGUCUGUCCGGCUUUUUGGCGCUGGACGUGCCGCCGCCUGUGGGCCCGUUCUGGAUCCUCGGCGACAUCUUCCUAGGGCCCCACGUGGCUGUGUUCGACCGGGGAGCAGCCCGCGUGGGGCUGGCACGGGCGCGCGGGGCCCGCCGGGGCCCCUGAGCUGGAAGCUCCCCGCACCCCCCUCCGCAAUCCCUCGAGGAGGGGCCCCCCGAAUCUCCCCGCCCCCGCCGGGACCCUCGAGCUGAGCAUCGCGUUCCCUGAGCAGGGCUCAGCCCGCUCCCCUCCGCCAGGAGAUCCCACGGGAGCAGCCUAAGGACUCCUCUUCGGCUCUGCGCUUGGAGAUCUCGCAGGAGGGGUGGGGGGAGGGCGUGCAGGCUGAGGCCAGAUUGCGCCUCGCUUCGGGAACAUCUUGCCCCCUCUUCUGCCUCCCCUCAACUGCCGAAUAAAAAGCUGCGAUGUGUCUUUUCCUCUGCGUCC